AUGUCUUUCUCGACUCCUUCAGUACUCGAGCCACUCGGUGGCAGAAAUAAGAAGAUAACAAUCACUGCCCCCAACUCCACCCCACAGAUUUGGAUCAUCGACCAGUACCUCUCAGGCAUAGAUUAUAGAAUCAGCCCAGCCGAGGCCAAGAACGGGCUCUCUGUUGGAUUUACUCGCGCAAAGUUUACUUGCCACCUUGAUGGUAAUGAGAACAAGAAGGGAUUCCUACGCAUUUACCGCCAAAUAGAGAUUCAGAAGACACAACUGGAUACCCGGACGAGAAACGCCAGCAGGCCAAGCCGCCUAAAGAUUUUACGGAACUUAAAGCGCUCAAAGACUUAA